CUAGUUGGUUUUUAGUUGAAACUUUCACUUUUUUUUAUGUUAUGAACAAAUAAAUAAAUAAAAAACAAAUGGGAUUUAAGAUUUCUUUUUUUUUUUACUUAUAUGGAUUAAGUAAACCCAAGCAUUGCGAUACUUUGCUACGAAUAUUGAUUCUUACGCUUACAUCCUUUUGUAUCCAUGUUUAUUAUCCAUAUAUAGUUAGUGCCAAUUCAAUACAAGUCAUUAGUUUUUUCUUUAUUUGUAUAAUUUAUAUUUUAUUAUAUUAAUUCAAUAUUUAAUUUUUUUUUUUUAUUUUAAUUUAUGGUUCUCCACAUUGUGUUCUUUUCUUAAGAUUUACAUUCGUAUUGACAACAGUGUAUCAAACAAAUAUAAUCCGAUCAUGAAUAAAUGUAUCUAUUUCCCUCUGUUCCAUCUAUGGACUUGGUUUUUUUAUUUUACUUUAUUUAAACGAUGGAUUCGUCGGAUUUGCUGGGAUACGAGAAGCCUUUAUUUAUUUAUUAUUUAUUUAUUUUAUUGAAAAAAAAAAAAAAAACGGAUAAAAUAAUAAUGGAUAAGAUACGAACUAAAUCCGUGGUAGUACAUCAAUUUUGACUUAAUCCAUAUUCUUAUCUUAAUCUAGAUUCUUAUUUUAUAAGUCAGUGUAUUUGCAUCUAAUAUGUUCAUUAUUUUUUUUAUGUUCAGAAUCGAUUAGCAAUAUUUUUGCUAUUUUACUAUUUUGAUUUCGGUGUGCAAUUAAAUCGAAUUUUUUAUUCCGAUUGGAUCUACACAUUUUUUUUUGGGGGGGGGGGUUGCUAACUCAACGGUAGAGUACUCGGCUUUUAAGUGCGACUGGCAAUUUUUACACAUUUGUAUGAAGCAACGUCUUCGUCGAUACUAUCUCUAGAGCUUGUAAGACCGCGACUGAUCCUCAAAGGAAUGAAUGGAAAAAGCAGCAUGUCGUAUCAAUGUGGAAUUCUGAGAAUAUUUUAUUCUUAGCGGAUCGGUUCAAAACUUUGUUUAAAUUCUUGACGAAAAAAAAUAAAAUGAAAUUUUGGGUUAAGUGAAUAAAUGGAUAGAGCCCUAUGGCUCCAAUUAUAGGUAAACAAAAAAAAAAGAAACGAGCUUCUGUUCUUAAUUUGAACGAUUACCCGAUCUAAUUAAACGUUAAAAAUAGAUUAGUACUUGAUGCGGGAAAUGCUUUUCCCAUAAGUGGAUCAGCGAUUUCUUUUUAAAUCCUAAUUAUUAGUAGCUAUUCUCCAUUAGAGUGUGGGGGUAAAUGUGUAGAAAAAGCAGUCUAUUGAUAAAGAUCAAAAUCCCUUUUUUCCAAAAUCAAAAGAGCGAUUGGGUUGAACAAAUAAAGGAUUUCUAACCAUCUUGUUAUCCUCGAAUGAACAUAAACCAAUUAAAUUAGAUGGAAAAGGAGAAGCUAAAGAGUCCGUCGAUCAGUCUUAUCUGGUUCCGGGGUAUAUAUCUAUUUAUUUCUUACCAUAAUAUCCUGUUUUGACUGUAUCGUACUAUGUGUCAUUUAAUAACCCAAAAGAAAUCCCUUAUCCCCAUCUAAUUUAAAAUGGAGGAAUUUCAAGGAUAUUUAGAACUCGAUAUAUUUCGGCAACACGAUUUCCUAUACCCACUUAUCUUUCGGGAAUAUAGUUAUGCACUUGCUCAUGGUCAUGGUUUAAAUAGAUACAUGUUGUUGGAAAAUAUAGGUUAUGAUAAUAAAUCUAGUUUACUGAUUGUAAAACGCUUAAUUACUACAAUGUAUCAACAGAAUUAUUUGAUAAUUUCUGCUAAUGAUUCUAAACAAAAUCCAUUUUUUGGGUACAACAAGAAUUUGCAUUCUAAAAUUCUAUCAGAAGGAUUUGCAAUCAUUGUGGAAAUUCCAUUUUAUCUACGAUUAAUAUCUUCUUUAGAAGGGGCAGAAAUCGUAAGAUUUUACAAUUUACGAUCCAUUCAUUCAAUAUUUCCCUUUUUAGAGGAAAAGUUCCCACAUUUAAAUUAUUCGGCGGAUAUACUAAUACCCUACCCUGCCCAUCUGGAAAUAUUGGUUCAAACCCUUCGUUACCGGGUGAAAGAUGCUUCUUAUUUGCAUUUAUUGCGGUUCUUUCUUCAUGAGUAUUCUAAUUGUAACAGUCUUAUUAUUACAAAUAAAUCUAUUUCCAUUUUUUCAAAAAGUAAUCCGAGAUUCUUUUUAUUCCUAUAUAAUUCUUAUAUAUGUGAAUACGAAUCCAUCUUCCUUUUUCUCCGUAACCAAUCUUCUCAUUUACGAUUAACAUCUUCUGGAGUCCUUUUUGAACGACUCUGUUUAUAUAGAAAAAUAGAACAUUUUGCCGAAGUCUUUGCUAAUGAUUUUCCGGUCAUCCCAUGCUUUCUCAAGGAUCCUUUCAUGCAUUAUGUUAGAUAUCAAGGAAAAUCAAUUCUGGCUUCCAAAGACACACCUCUUCUAAUGAAUAAAUGGAAAUCUUACCUUGUCAAUUUAUGGCAAUGUCAUUUUGAUGUAUGGUCUCACGCGGCAAGUAUCCGUAUAAACCAAUUAUCCAAGCAUUCCCUCGAUUUUUUGAGUUACUUUUCAAGUGUUCGACGAAAUCCUGCAGUGGUGCGGAAUCAAAUGCUAGAAAAUUCAUUUCUACUAAAUAAUGCUCCCAAUAAACUCGAUACAAUAGUUCCAAUUAUUCCUCUGAUUGGAUCAUUGGCUAAAGCGAAAUUUUGUAACGCAGUAGGGCAUCCAAUUAGUAAGCUGACUCGGGCCGAUUUAUCGGAUUUUGAGAUUAUCAAUCGAUUUUUGCAUAUAUGCAGAAAUCUUUCUCAUUAUUACAGCGGAUCCUCAAAAAAAAAGAAUAUGUAUCGAAUAAAAUAUAUACUUCGGCUUUCUUGUGUUAAAACUUUGGCCCGUAAACACAAAAGUACUGCACGCGCUUUUUUAAAAAGAGUGGAUUCGGAAUUCUUCCAAGAAUUCUUUACCGAGGAAGGGGGGUUUAUUUCUUUGAUCUUCCCAAGAGCUUCCUUUGCUUUGCGAAGGUUAUAUAGCGGGCGAGUUUGGUAUUUGGAUAUUAUUUUCAUCAAUGGUCUGUCCAAUCACGAAUGAUUGGUUAUGAGACCUUGGAAAUGGUACUUAUUCUUAAAUGAAUGAAGAGAUAACAAAAAAAUUCAUUCAUUUCUAUUAUGAAAUGUUUAUGCAGUAAGAGUAGAGGUUGAUCGACUAAGUAUUCGACUUUCUUAUUAGAGUCCCCUCUAGGAAAUGCACUGAGUGUUAAAUGUAUACAUAGGGAAAGCCAUGUGCGAUGAAAGAUGCAAGCAUGGCUUGGGGAGGGAUUUUUUACCUACCUUUUAACAAGUAAAUUAUCUACUCCAUCCGACUAGUUCCGGGUUCGAGUCCCGGGCAACCCA